UGCAGAAAAACAGAUCCGUGGUUGUUUCCGUUUUAAUAUUGAAUCUGACAGAACGAAAGUAUGUCGUCCAGGCUGUUUCUCUUCCUGACGAUUGUUGUUGGAUUUGUAGCAGCUGAAAUUCCUCCUUACAUAUAUAUUUGCGGCAUCAAAAAUCCGAAUCUCGAUGACUGCAUCAUCAAGAGCGUGGCUAUUCUAUCCAAGAAACUCGCCGCUGGUAUCCCAGAGUUGAAUGUUCCACCAACAGACCCAAUGUUAAUCGGAGACAUGACACUUAUCGACAUCGCAAACUUUAAGGCCAUUGGAUCCGACGUCACACUCAGUGGAUUAUUGACGUACCAUAUAAAUAGUCUGCACUUAGAUCUCGAGAAGCAGCAGGUAGACUUCGAUUUGAAUUUGGCUGAAGCUAAAAUAGAUGGCAAUUACAAUAUUAGCGCUAGGAUCUUGAUCCCUAUAAAUGGAAAAGGACCUCUCACCUUUACCUCAAAUGACGUAAACGCAAAGAUAAGAAUGUUGUACAACCUAGUGCAACACGCUGGAAAACAGUACGUCUACUUCUCGUCGAUGACCACGCACUUGAACAUCAAGGAUUAUACCAUCAAAUACGAGCCGGAAAAUUUCGACCAAACUCUGCGAAAUGCGUUCAGUGAGGCGGUUGGACACAAUAAUCGGGAAAUAUUGGAAGUGACCAUACCUAAUUUAGAGAAAGCCAUUUCCAAGAGAUGCCUAGAAAUAUCUAACAAUAUCUGCAAGCAUUUCUCUUAUGACGAACUUUUCCCCGAUCGGGAGUAAAUGAGAUCGUUAAGAGAUCGCUGCGAAAAUCCCUGUGAAAUAAAAGCUAGAAAUAGCGAUUCGUACGAAAUAAGCGGUUGAGUUACGUUUCCCAUAAAAUAAAACGUUCGUUAUUCGAAUAUUUUUUUAACCGUAUAUCAGCCACGGUGAUCAUCGAUGACAAAUUUGUCAACAUUUUUAGAGUGAUUGAAGUAACAUAAAUUUCGUGGAUUAAAAAGUUACCAACUAUGUGAGUGACUUAAAUAACAUCUUCGUUAGUCUUGUAAUUAAUCUGUUUUUUAUGUAAUUUGUUGAAAUUAUCUUCUUGUUAAACGUCCUACGAUAUUCUGUAAAAAAAUCUACCGUACACGCUUAUUAGUAAAAAAUACGUUUUUCUGAAAAUACUUGAUACAAUAAUUUAUUGUGAUAAUAAAUUGCAUAAAAUCUUUUGGAAUUAUA